AUGGCUUGGGCAUCUGAUCCACACCAUCUGCAGCGGACCCAGUCCCCUCCGUUGUGGGUUCGAGGUCCCACUGUAAGUUCCACCAUUCCUUCAGCUUCUUUAGCUCGAGAGGAUGAUGUACUGGAGAAAGAACAAUCUCUGCACUCGUCAUCCCAAAAUAAGCCACCUGCUGCGGUGGGUGCAUCAUUUAGUAUGGUCGAAUUACCCACAACUGCUUCCGCUGCCCCAGGCAGACGCUCGACAGUGGAGCAUGAUCAAUCAUUCCUAGCCAGAAGUACCAAAUGGCAACUUUUGAGCGCAUGCGUCAUGAACUUUGGCAACGGCAUGAACGACAGCGCGCCUGGAGCCUUGAUCCCAUAUCUCGAACGCGACUAUGACAUUGGGUAUGCGAUUGUAUCCAUGAUUGUCAUCUCAAAUGCACUAGGGUUCAUUUUCGCUGCACCAUUUACACACGCCAUUGAAUUAAAGAUCGGGCGCUGGAAAAGUUAUGCGCUCUCUAUGACCCUUUUGAUCGCUGGGUAUACAACAAUCAUUUGUUAUCCGCCAUUUCCAAUCGUCGCAAUUGCUUUCUUCUUCCUCGGGUUCGCUAUGGCUCUGACGCUCACACUGAAUAAUGUUUUCUGUGCAAACCUCCCGAUUUCGACUACAGCUCUCGGCACGUUUGGGGGGGCGUACGGGAUUGGAGGUGUCGUUUCACCCCUCAUAGCGACCGCAAUGAUAUCGUGGGGAGCUCGAUGGUGCGAUUUCUAUGCUAUCCCACUAGGAAUGGCUGUGGUGAAUCUUGUAUUCUCGGCAUGGGCCUUCUUCAAUUUCGAUGGAAAUUUGUAUGUGGACUCUAGAUUGAUACCAGAAGAGCCGAGUUCUUCCACGAAUAAUGAUGGGCCUCCAAGUCGUAUAGACCUCCUCACCAGCCCGCAAAGCCCAAAGCCCAACCCGCCCCAACCCGCCCCAACCCGCAAAUGGGCUGGGCUUUAG